AUUAUUCUUAAAUUCGUUCAAAGUGGAUAUUGUGAAAUAAAAUUGGUGUGAUUUUGUGUUACAACUGUCUGCGUAACUGAAGAAUUAGUAGAAUCGUCAAAAUAUACGCUAUUCCGGUCAAGUGGACGUGAGAAAUUUAUUGUAGUAUUGUCUACCUCACAGAAGCUUAUCGAAAAAGUCAUCUCGAUACAUUUCGUGCCAAACACUUCAAGAAACAUCAGAAUGCGUCACACCGACAUUCCAAUGUAAAAAAGGAAAACAGAAUAAUUUAAGACUAGGCUGUAUGGGCAUUGUUCCCCUUGCCUUCCCUGAAAAAGGAGAACUUAACCAAAAAAAAAGUCAUUUAAAUGUCAGUGUCAAAAAAGUGUUGAAAGUCGAACGCACAUUCCAAUCGCACAUGUAUUUUUCUAAUUUUCCAAUAUUUUCUGAAUAAUAAAGGACGAAAAUGGCUAAAGAUCCUCUCAGUGAAAUAGUAGAAUUCCUGAAACCCGACGCCAGGUUAGACCUGAAACACAUUUCCGUCGAACAUUUGGUAGGUUUAUCGGCGAGCGAAGAUGGAGUCAAAACAUUAUUGAAAAACGAGCAAGUUAUACAGAAUGUAAUCGAAUUGACCGACGACAAAGUCGAAGAGAUAGCCAAGAAUGCCCUUUUGGUGCUCGUCAACGUGUCGGCGAACGCGAACGGGGCUACAGAGUUACUGAAAUAUAGACCUACUAAACGCAAAAACGUACUCGACCUAUUAGUAAGUUACGUGUUGAAUCCUCAGAAGAAAGAUGCAGACGCCGCCUGUAUGAUCCUUUCCAACAUCACAAGACUCGAAGACGAAUUAGAAGUGUGUCUAGACUCAUUCAUACCUCAUUUGAACGAUAUUUUAAAUGCUUUCGUAAACAUAGAUUUUAACAAGAAAGGAUCGAACCUACAUUACCUUGCACCAAUGUUUAGCAACCUAAGUUGUAGUUAUAGAAUAAGGAAAUGGCUCACAGAAGAGAAUCCACAUGUGCCUGUCAUUAAAUUGUUACCGUUUUGUAAUUAUGAACAGUCUAACAUAAGAAAAGGUGGUGCUAUAGGUACCGUAAGGAAUUUAUCAUUUGACAUAGAAUAUCAUGAUUUUCUAUUAAAGAACGACUUAGAUUUGUUGACUUAUCUCCUCAACCCUUUGAUGGGAAAUGAAGACUACGCAGACGAUGAAAUGGAUAAGUUACCUAUUACUUUACAGUACUUGCCAAAGGAGAAAAAGAGAGAAGUCGAUGUUGAUAUUCGCAAAAUGAUAUUAGAGACACUGAAUAAAUUAUGUACGAAACGCAAAGGUAGGGAAAUGUUAAGGGAUAACGGUGUUUAUUAUGUAUUAAGGGAAUACCACAAAUGGGAAAAGGAUCCGAAAGCAUUGCUCGCUUGUGAAAAUGUAGUUGAUAUACUUAUACAGAAAGAGGAUGAGGUCGGUGUCGAAGACUUCUCAACUGUAGUAGUACCGGAGGAUAUGAAAGAAAAAUUCACAAAAAUGGAUGAUGAAUAUUUGAAAGUGGCAUAGUUAUAUAGUAUUUUGGACAUUAUCUCUCACAUUUUGUGUAAUGAUCAUAUAUUUUAUGUUUAUUAUUAUAAUCUAUGUUAACUUUGUGUCUUUCAAUCACUAUUAAAAGGUUUUAUAAUAGUCAUCUGCAAUUAUACACGUUAAGCCAUUGGUCCCUGCUGCAUUGUUAGCACCCACCAAUCCACAGUAGGCCCAAUAUCCCUAUUCCAUCUUUAUGGAAAGUCUGUGCCCCAGCAGUGGGGGCAUUAAAAGGCUAAUGAUGAUGAUUAUAGCAGUCUAUCAUCUAAUAAAAUGGCUUUAUUAAUAGGUAAAAAAAGGAUUGUUACAAACAAUACUAUCUUAAAAAUAUAAUUCAUGUCCAAGAGCAUUAAAUAAUACAGCUAUACCAAAUAUUUAAAAGGCCCAUGAAUCAUGUGUUUCAAUUUUUUUACCACUCAUCAUCUCAUCAUCAUCAUUUAUUUAUUUUAAGGACAAUCAGUAACAUUUUCAAUACAAUGAGCUAAUGAGGAGAAUUAUAUUAAAGUGGAACUACACUGUUUUUAGUUGCCACAGCAUGCUUAAAAUUAGGUACCUAUGAAAAAAUUGAUGGGGACAGCAUACCAAACAACAAUUCAUCAACACAAACACAAAAUUAAAAUCAGAUAAAAAAAAUUAAACUACAUACUGAGACAUGAUUAAAUGAGUAAUAAAGCAGUUAUAAGUUUUUAACAGAUUCUAAGCUGAAGAAAGGUUUAAAAAUUUUAUAAAAAAAAAUGAUUUAUUUCUUUACCAUACAUUUGGUUACAUAUAUAAAGGUAGGCUCUUUUUUUUAAGUGCAAAGACCCUGUACCAAAAAGAACCACUCUUCCAUAGCAUAUGUUACAUGAUGGUAAGGUCAUUAACUAUAUUAAGAUUAAAUCAAGGAACUAAAUAUAAUACAGCGGGAGUUACACCACAGAGCUAGUUAGUGAAAUUUUACUAAGAAUUUCCAUGACCUGACAUGGAAAUUUACGCUAAAACAAGUUGUGCAACUCACGCUAAUCAAAGCACAUCUUAAUUACAUGAAAAUACAAUUUAAACUAAUUAAGCGGGGUGUUUGUGCAUGUGUGUGUGUGUUUGUGCAUAUAAGACAUAUAUAUAUAUAUAUACAUAUACACUGUAUUUUGUAAGUUUCUUAAUACUUAUAAAAUAAAAUUGUUUUUUAUUAUACAUAGAUUUAUAUACCUAUAUAAAAAUCGGUUAUUAUGUGUUAAAUUUUUAAUAAAUUUUCUGUUUUGUCAAAGUCCAAAGUCUUUAGCCAUACUGUCAGCUUGUUUUUGCAUUCACGGUAGGUUAGCGGGUAGAUACUAAGAAUCUUGUUAAUGCGAUUAUAGAUGAUAGAUGAAAGAUGUGGAUUUUGGUUUCGAGCAAAGUUUGUAUUUGUACGAUUGAUUAUAGCUACUCUGUCGUUUCUUCUUUUUUUUAUAAUAUUUGGAUCAUACGUAAUUGAAGUGUGCUUUCCUAAAAUAGAAUGAAGUAUAUACAAUUUUCUUACAGUAAGUAGGGCCGAUAGAGAAUAAAGUAAAUUUGUUGAAAAAUCUCUUUUCUUAAAAUACAUAAGUUUUAUGAGGGCUCUUUGAGCUCGUUCAACCUCUAGAAAUUUAGACUUAAGUGCACCUCCCCACACUCUUAUGCAGUAAAUCUGAACCGAUUGAGCAACUGCAACGUAUAUUUGAUUUAAAAUGUCUUUUGUGGCUAUAUGUCGUAGCGUUUUAAAGAUCCACAUGAGUUUUCGUAGUCUUCCCGCAACCAGGUCCAUGUGGGAGUACCACGAGAGUCUCUGGUCCAGCAUGACACCAAGAUAUUUGAAACAAGAUACUUUAGUUAUAAGUGGGCAUUUGCAUUUUAAGUAUUGGUUUUGAUGACAUGAGCCACUGUGGAUCCUAAUUCCAUAGCUAGCCAGCGGUUGUGUGCUGUUGUUUAUGGAGAAGCACAUAUAGCAGGUUUUAUUUGUAUUAAGUGUAAGGAGUUUUUACCUUUAUAGAUCCAAUGCUGUUGUUGUAAUUAUUGAGUCUGGCUUCUCUUGCCAGUAAACGAUACUGUUUGAUGAUAUAUGUUUUACUCAAGUUUUUGCCAGUGACUUAAUCAUCAUGGCGUCUCAUAAACUGUCUGUGUGUACCUCUUGCAAAUACAGGCAUGCAAGUAUUUUUUAACAUUUUUUUUGUAUGCCCUACACACUAGAUUACGUACCUAUUCCUAAUAUUUCAUGUAGGUGUAUUUCUGUAGUGUGUAUGGGUGCGGCCAGAGUGCACUC